AUGCGGCAGGAUUGGUCCUCAGUCGACUGGAAGGCAUUUUUUUUGAAAAACCCUCCCCGCUUCCUUGAGAAACCCAAAAUCAAGGGUCAUGAUCUGCCUCUACUUUUAUCAGAGUCAUGGUCGCCUGCCCACGGGCUCGUUUGGUUAACGGUUUUGUCACCGAUUUCAAGGGGUCCGAAUGAACAGAGAGCUAAGGUUCUUGCUGAACUCCACUGUGAAUUACUUGAAGUUCUUGCCGUUCCGAUCCCUCGAGGAAAGCAUUUGCGGGGUUCAGGCGGAAUGGUUCUAGAGCCACCUUCUAGUACGUGGCGGCUGAAGUUUUCCACCGAUAUCGAGCCCCUUUUUCACUACCUUGCUUCUGAAAAACUCGGUAGUUGCGCUGGGACCCUUCCUCUGCUGCGAUUGGUUGAACUCCUGCAAACCUCAUGGCAUAGUGGCCGUCUGCUGGAGUGCAAUCCCAGUAAAUUUAUCUGA